AUGCCUGGUCUCGCACUGCAGAAAGGUGACGGUAAUGUGACAUCUUUAAUCACUGAUGAGGAGAGUGGAUUACUUAUACCCAGGGAAUACAUAUGUGGUGGUAUUGCAUCAAUGAUUAACGUAGUUGUGGUCUUCCCGUUGCACAAAACAGUUUUCUUCCAACAAUUGGAGGGUAUAAAGUGGUCCGAAGCAUUUAUGCGGUUGCGGAGGGAAGGACUGUGGCAAGUCUACCGAGGUGUUGUUCCACCUCUUCUUCAGCGUGCUUCCUCGGCAUCUGUGAUGUUUGGUUUUCAAAGUCAAUCUCAGAGGUUUCUCUACAGGCAUCAGGGUAGGAUGGAUAUCCCUCUUUACAUCCAAACUAUUCUUUCCGCUACGAUGGCUGGCUGCCUAGAGGCCUCUUUAACGCCCUUCGAGCGGGUGCAAACGCUUCUCCAAUCCUCUAAUAAAUCACGCAUGUACAAGAACACACCUUACGCUCUUUCUAGUCUGUACAAAUCCUAUGGAUUCCGGGAACUAUAUCGUGGUUUUACCCCGAUCCUUCUGCGCAAUUGUAUCGGUGAUAUAUUAUAUUUUAGUGGGAAGGAGUGGCUACGUGGCAAGAGUCAUUCUGAAGACCUUCCGUUCGGUAAACGCCGUCUGACAGAUUUUGUGAUUGGUGGGUUCUUGGGCUCCACUAUUGGGGCAGCCAUAUUUCCUUUGAAUGUCGUCAAAACACAGAUGCAGUCCACUGUAGGUACAGGAUCUAAAAGCCUCAGAUAUGCUCUGCUCAGUCUAUUAAACGAACGGGAGCAUGCAAAGAUUGCUCGGUUGUACAGCGGACUUCCUGCCAAUUUCUUUCGGUCCCUGCUCUCAUGGGGUGUUAUCACCAUGAUGUACGAGUGGCUGCUUACCUUAUGA